AUGGCGUAUGAGAUUUUUGGAUUCCAGGGGAUAAACCCCAACUUGUCCGAGUCCCCAGUCCCCCCAUUUGACGUGUAUCAGAUGUAUAACUAUGAGUACGAAUCGUACUACAACAACUCUAUCGUGCUGGAGCCCAACCCGGUAUUUCCACGGGUUCACAUUGCGGCCAAGAUUCUCGUGGGUGUGAGUUUUUCUCUCAUGAUAAGCGUCUGCGGGAUCGGCAAUCUUCUACUCUGCUACGUCAUCUAUCGCUUCAGACGCAUGCGCACGACAACCAACCUACUGAUCGGAAACUUGGCAUUGUCGGAUUUCCUGGUGGCGGUGAUCUGUGCACCUUUUAACUUUUAUUUCUACGUGUUUCAGAACUGGCCUUUCGGAAGUGCGUUGUGCGCAGCCGUUGGGUAUCUGAAAAUCACUUCUUUGUACGUCUCUACCAACUCUCUCCUGGCCAUUGCAAUUGACAGGUAA